AUGGCUACGAAUACCAUUGUGAUUCUGGGAGCCGGAGUGUCAGGGCUCACUACUGCGUAUCUCCUUUCUCAAAAUGCGUCCAACAGCAUCACUGUAGUUGCCAAGCAUAUGCCUGGAGACUACGAUAUCGAAUACUGUUCUCCAUGGGCUGGAGCCAACUAUCUCCCUGUGGGAAAAGCCGGGAGUCCUCAUGAGAGGUGGGAACGAGAGACAUGGCUGGCUUUGAAGGAGCUGACAGAGAAACACCCAGAGGCUGGGAUCCAUUUUCAAAACACAAUUGUGUACAACCGAGUCAAAGACCAAGGAUCGCCUACUGGCCAAUGGUUCUCCGAGCUAGUGCAGCCUAAUCCGUGGUACAAAGAUGUUGUUCCCGACUUUAAAAGCAUUCCGGCCGACCAGCUGGCCCCUGGUAUCGAUAACGCGCAGAAAUUCACCUCAGUCUGUAUCAACACCGCCGUCUACCUCCCUUGGCUUGUUGGGCAAUGCCGAAAGAACGGGGUGGUAUUCAAAAGAGCCGUCUUCAAGCACGUUACGGAAGCUGCAAGCGCCCACCACUCCGGCAAGAAGGCCGACGUGGUGGUGAAUUGCACUGGUCUCUCGUCUAAAAAGCUGGGCGGAGUAUGUGAUGAGAAGCUAUAUCCGGCUCGCGGCCAGAUCGUCGUGGUCCGCAACGAUCCCGGAGCCAUGUUUUCCAUCUCUGGAUGCGAUGAUGGUGAAGACGAGCUGGUCUACAUGAUGACUCGAGCCGCUGGGGGUGGAACAAUCAUCGGCGGCUCAUAUCAGAAGAACCAGUGGGAUCCAUUGCCCGACCCCAACCUAGCAGUUCGGAUUAUGAAGCGCGCAGUUGAUCUGUGCCCGCAGCUCGUUAAAGAGGGUCAGGGAAUUGAAGGACUGGACAUUAUCCGGCACGGAGUCGGACUGCGACCUCUCAGAGAAGGCGGCACUCGUAUUGAAGCGGAGAAGAUCGACGGGGUAUCAGUCGUGCACAACUAUGGCCAUGGAGGAUUUGGAUAUCAAGCCUCAUAUGGCUGCGCAGCGGAGGCGGUUAGAUUGGUUGAUGACGUCUUGCAGCGGAAGAGAAAAGCGAAGUUAUGA